AUGGCGGAGGAUGUGGCUGAGGAUGUUCCUCAGUUGCCUGAGGAUGUUCCUCAGUUGGCUGAGGAUGUCCCUGAUGCGUCUGAUGGUAGCCCAGACAGGACAGGAGCUGCCGAUGGUGCUGAGUCUGAUGGAGUGGCUAGUGAUGGGACAACUGCUGAUGAUGAGGGGUUCCCCGGUGGGCCACGCGAUCCAUCGGUUUUGAUAGGAUUUGCUGAUCAUGUCGCACACAACAUAUGGUGUGGACAGAAGCGACUCGAUCUCAAGCUGGUCUCCCAUGGUAGGAGAGUAGAUAAAUUUGGGAGACCGGCUGCUGAGAUCGAAGGUAUGAUUGCGGCCACCGGAUUGGAUCCAUUGAUCAGGUGUUCUGUGAUCACCACUGAUCCUGGACUCAUAUCCGCCUUUGUUGAGAGGUGGCAUAGGGAGACGAGCAGCUUCCACCUCCCAGUAGGGGAGGUGACGAUCGCUCUAGACGACGUUUCGUCGCUCCUGCACAUCCCCAUUACUGGCGUGCUGCAUUCAUUCGGGUCGUUGGCUACAGCUGACGCAGUUGCGCUGUUGACGGAGCUACUUGAGGUCACCCCAGACGAGGCUACAACUAUGACACGUCAGGCAGGUGGGCCUCAUGUUCGGUUGUCCUGGCUUCGGGACAUGUACCAGAGCAUUCAGAGACCUGGCACAGGCAGGGACAUUCUCUUGGGGAGCGGCCGCUUUGGUACACUUGUACGUCAACUUAAUGAGGCGUCGCAGGCCCCUACACGACAAAUGACUGGUUACAUUUCACUACUUCAGUGCUGGAUUUACGAGCACUUUCCAUCAGUCCACAGGUCUGUUGUUGACGAUGGUUAUGCUGAGGCUAGCCUAUGUGCCUGUAGGUGGCUUACGGGUAAGGCCCAGAUGACCGACAUUAAGGGAGCCCCUUACAGAGCACAGAUUGAUGACCUGACAGUCACUGACGUUUGUUGGAUGUCGUAUGCUGAGCAUCGGGGAGUUCGAGGCUAUGAGUUGAUCUCCUCGUACAUGGGGCAAGUCAGAUGGGGUCCGAUCAUCGUCUACCUUCGACCAGAGAGGGUGGUUCGGUAG